AUGAUUUCUUUGAUGGGUUCGUUCGGAAAUGCCGGUGCUUCAAGAUUUGAGGGUAUUGGUUCGCCUGUAAUUGAGGCUCCCUGUCUCAGAGUGCUGGUGUUACGCUCCUUCUUGGACAGUAUAUGCUUCAAGCAUACCCCUAUUCUAUCCAUGGUGUCGAUUCUAGAUGCAAUUGUGGAAUAUGAGGAGAGUGACGAGCCGAAGCACAGUGUCGAUAUCGUCACCAUGUUCACUUCCCUCCCUGCGCUCCAGCACUUGCAAUUAGGCUAUGAAAUUCUGCAAUUACUCGCUAAGGGUGAUCGUGUCCCCAGAAGGCUUCCCACUCGUCUUCACCACUUAAAAACCUUGGAACUGGGCAAGCUUGCAUUGGAUAGUUUGCACCAGGCCCGUGUUCUUGUUUGUCUGAUCAUGAAUUCUCCCAAAUUGCAAACACUCACCCUUCAGUUUCGUUAA